AUGGCGACGCGGGGCCAUGUGCAGGACCCUAACGACCGGCGCCUCCGGCCCAUCUACGAUUAUCUUGAUAAUGGCAAUAAUAAGUUGGCUAUUCAACAAGCAGAUAAACUGCUGAAAAAGCACAAAGAUCUGCAUUGUGCUAAGGUAUUAAAAGCAAUUGGGCUACAGAGGACUGGGAAACAGGAUGAUGCCUUUGCCCUGGCACGAGAAGUUGCUGCCCUUGAACCUACUGAUGACAAUUCCCUGCAAGCAUUGACCAUUCUCUAUCGGGAAAUGCACAGGCCGGAACUGGUCACCAAGCUUUAUGAGGCGGCUGUGAAGAAGGUCCCCAACAGUGAGGAGUACCACUCUCACCUCUUCAUGGCCUACGCGCGGGUUGGGGAAUACAAGAAGAUGCAGCAGGCUGGAAUGGCACUUUAUAAAAUCGUACCCAAAAACCCUUAUUAUUUUUGGUCUGUCAUGAGUUUAAUUAUGCAAUCUAUCUCCGCACAGGAUGAGAACCUCUCCAAAACCAUGUUUUUGCCCCUUGCUGAGAGAAUGGUGGAAAGAAUGGUCAAGGAGGACAAGAUAGAAGCGGAGGCUGAAGUUGAGCUUUAUUACAUGAUUCUGGAGCGCUUGGGAAAGUAUCAGGAGGCCUUGGAUGUCAUCAGAGGAAAGCUAGGAGAGAAGCUGACCAGUGAGCUCCAGAGCAGAGAAAACAAGUGUAUGGCCAUGUAUAAGAAGCUGAGCCGGUGGCCUGAGUGCAACGCACUGUCAAGGAGGCUUUUGUUAAAGAACUCAGAUGACUGGCAGUUCUAUCUGACUUACUUUGACUCCAUCUUUCAACUCAUUGGUGAAGCCUGGACCCCUCCUGCAGAAGGAGAACAUUCUCUGGAAGGAGAAGUACAUUAUUCAGCUGAAGAAGCUGUCAAGUUCAUUGAAGAGAGGAUCCUGGAAGAGGCAAAGAACACACGGCACCUUCGGGGGCCACACCUGGCCAAGCUGGAGCUCAUUCGCCGCCUGCGGCAUCAGGGCUGGAAAGAUGACGAGUACAAACUGGGUGAUCCAGAAGAGUUAAUGUUCCAAUAUUUCAAAAAGUUUGGAGAUAAGCCUUGUUGUUUCACUGACCUAAAGGUGUUUGUUGACCUCUUGCCAGCCUCACGGUGUACAAAGUUUAUCAAUCAGCUUCUUGGAGAGGUCUCACUGACCACUCCCACUGAAGACAAGCUGGCCCUUCCCGCCGACACCAAGGGCCUGCAGCAACACCUGUGUGUGGUACAGCUGACGAGACUCCUUGGCCUCUAUCAUGGCAUGGAUAAGGAUCAGAAACUGAGGGUGGUCCGGGAACUGAUGCUGAGAUACCAUCAUGGUCUGGAAUUCGGGAAAUCCUGUUUGAAAACAGAGCUGCAGUUUUCAGACUAUUACUGCCUCCUUGCUGUGCAUGUGCUCAUCGACAUAUGGCUAGAAGCAGGUGAAGACAGGGCUGCGUGGCAGGCUCUGAUAUUACUAGAAGAAGGCUUAACCCAUAGCCCUUCCAAUGCCCAGUUCAAAUUGCUGCUCGUCCGAAUCUACUGCUUGCUUGGGGCAUUUGAGCCUGUGGUAGACCUGUACUCCAGCCUUGAUGCCAAACACAUCCAGCAUGACACCAUCGGCUAUCUCCUGACUCGCUAUGCGGAGUCUCUAGGGCAAUAUGCUGCUGCAUCCCAGGCCUGUAACUUUGCACUCAGGUUUUUCCACUCCAACCAGAAAGAUACCUCAGAAUAUAUUAUUCAAGCCUACAAAUAUGGUGCGUUUGAGAAGAUCCCGGAGUUUAUCGCUUUUAGGAACAGGCUGAACAACUCUCUUCAUUUUGCCCAAGUCCGUACUGAACGGAUGUUGCUGGAUCUCCUACUUGAAGCCAACAUAUCAACCAGCUUAGAAGAAAGUGUCAAGUCCAUGAGUCUGAGUCCUGAGGAGGAUGACAUCCCAUGGAAAGACCUGAGGGAUAAUAGAGACCUCCAUGUUUUCUUCACUUGGGAUCCCAAGGAGCGGGAUGUUUCUGAAGAACACAAGAAGCUCUCCCUGGAGGAAGAGACCCUCUGGCUGCGCAUCCGAUCUCUGACCCUGAGAUUGGUCAGUGGGCUUCCGACUCUCAGCCACCCGGCUGAGCCGAAGAACUCGGACAAGACAACAGAGAAUGGUGUCUCCUCAAGGAUUGAUAUCAUCCGUUCACUUCUCCAGCAGUUGGAAGGCGUACUCGAUGCAGGAAAGCGAUUUGUUGAACGAAAGAUUCAGUAUCCCUUCCUGGGUCCUGUGCCCACCAGGAUGGCCGGCUUCUUCAGCAGUGGCUGCUGUCAGUGCCAGACUAGCUCCUUUUACCUCAUUAGCGAUAUUUAUGAACUAGAUACCAAUGGAUUAGAAGAUACAACUGAGAUCCAGGAGAGGAUAGGGAAUAGUUUUGAAUCUUUACUAGAACAAUUAAGGGAAGUGUUUAGUCUAUGUAAAGGAGACAUAUUAGAAGUGCAGGAUGGGCACCUGAGGACUCAUCCCAGUAUCCUAGAGAAUUUAGUCUUCUUUGUGGAGACCAUCUCCAUUGUCCUCUGGGUGACUAGUUACUGUGACAGUGUCCUGCAGCCAUAUAAAUUAAAUAUACAGAAAAGGAAAAAGAAGAAAAAAGAAACCAACAUCCUAAUGCCACCCGUCUUCUCCAGCUUCCAGCGCUAUGUAGCUGGGCUUCAGCUGCUGAUCUCCAGUGUCCUGGAGAACAUCAAAGGGCUCGAGACUCUUCUGGCUGCACUGAAACUUGAAGAAUUAUCCCUAGAAGACUCUGUGCUUUCACAGGAGGAGAAGAGGUUCACCAAGACUGUGCAUGGGAAAGUGCAAAGCAGUUACCAGCACUCGCUUCAGGAAAUCGGGGAGCUGCUGAAAAAGAGACUGGAGACCAUGAAGAAGCUCAAAGUGUAACGGGAGAGGCUCAGACUGCGGGAAAGACUCCGGGGCAGGCACUGACCCCCCCACCCCCACUCCCCCGGCCAGCCGAAGCAUCGCCCGUCUGACCGCCGCUGCCACCGCCGCUGCCAGAAUCCAGAACUUCCUCCUAAAAUGCAUGAAGGACUUUGAUCUUGAAUUAAUUUUUUUAGGUAUUAACUAUAUACAGAUGAUUAAAUUAUUGUACAUAAACCGGAAGCCGAGCCCUCCCCUAGGUUUGACCACUUUUUAUACAUGUUCAUUAUUAAGCGUAUGGCAGCAACCAGAGAAACCCUCCUUUUCUUCCUUUCCAUCUCCAGAAACUUCUGGGGGUUUUUAGAAGCAGCAAUAGCAAUUCAGAAAUAAAAGCCUCCGCCCCAGAGCCGUCGGACAACCCUCCCUGCACAGGGAGAGAAUGGGGGUCUGGCCCUUGCCUUAGAAACAGCAGAAAACAGAGAGGUCUCUGUUUGCCUCGGAACCGUCCCUCUUCCCCCCGGAGCAGCAGCUCAGCCUCGGACCCGAGCUUCCCACAGGGGGCGGACAAAGGAGCCUCCGCCUCUGCCGUGCAGGUAUGUCCCUGGUGACGGUGCCCAGCCGGCCGGGCACGAGAGGGAGGGCCAGGAGCUCGCCACACCAUCCUCCGGGGCCUGCCUCUGACAUCCGAACCGGGGAGAGGGAGGCCGAGCGAGCAGCUGUCCAGGGCAGACAGAGAAGUCUGGAUGAUGUCCAAGCCCAAGCUCUCGUCCGUACGAUUGGGAAUGAUGGGAAUCAAUGUUUGAAAGCAAGAGAGAUGACGUCCCUAAUUUAUGCAGUGAUGUCUUCAGUCAUAUACUACAAUCAGUUUAUGAAUUAAAAAACCACAGGUUGAAAAUAAAAAAAUCUUCCUAUGCAAACCACUAGCUUUUUGGCCCCCUGGCUUCAAGGGACUCUUGAGGCUUUCAGAAAUCUGGGAUCUGGCCUAGAGUAAUUGAUUCUCCUAUUUAAACUUGGAAGGAAGUUGAAAAGGAUCACAACCCCCUCCUCCAAAAAGACUUGUUGGCAACGUUGAGAAGUUUUGAUUAGAAACGCCGAUGGUCCGUCUUCCCCGACGUGGUCGCCAAAGGAAGGACGAAGACCGAAUAUUCAAAUCAUUGUGGACUUGGCCGCGGUUUGGCUCCAGUCUCCAGCCUUUUGGAGGGGGUGUUGUGGGUGUGGGUGGGUGUGUGUCUGUGUCCGUGUGUGUGCCGAAGUGAGACUUUCCUUGACCAUCUCGAAAUGUACUGUAUAUAGAAAUACCCUUUGAAAGAUUCGACUGACCUCAGUCCAUUGAGCAUGCACGGGGUUGGGGAAGCUUGGCCUCAGUCCUUGGGGGCACCUCGCGAUUCCUUUGGUCUCUCCAGCCAAUCUCUGCUUCCUGGUGGCAGUCAUCCCCUUCCUCUGUCCCACCCCCCCAAUGGUUUAGUGUCAAAUAAUGUUAUUGGGGCGGGGGACGAUUGUUACUUCCUUUGUUUCUUGUUGACUUUUGUAUUCAUGGUAGCAUUGAAAUCAAAUUCCACCUCUUACAUCUUGCGAUGUCUUUAUAUAAAAAAAAAAAAACUAAAACAAAAAACUAAAUUGUGUGCAGAAAUGGCCAAUAUCUUGUUGAUCUAGUCUUUUGGAAACUUUGUCACACCCUAUAAAUUGUGUACAGUUAAAAAAAUAUAUCUAUAUAUCUAUAUAUUCUUACACGAGUAAAGAAGCACCCUCUCCAACAUGCAAUGGAUGUCAUUUGGUAUUUGACGAGGAAUCUCAAAAAUCCCUUGCUGCUGCUCUUUUUUUGUUUGAGUUCUUUUUGUUUGGGGGCUUGGGGUUUGGGGGCUUGUUUGGGUUUUUUUUAGCGUGCUGAAUUGAAAUUGAAAGACAAGGGAAGGUGUGGAAGAGACUAGACAAGCGAACGAGACUGCCGUCUACAGCCUGAAAAGGGACUGGCUUGCUUCCACCGGCAUCUCGUGAGCGGAGAUCCAUCCUCUGGGACUCGGGUGAAGGCAAGGGAGGACGCGCGCCGGGGAGUCACACCCGUGCUCCAGAACGCCCAGACUUGUGUCUGUGGGACCGGCGUGGGGCACCUGCUCGCGGCCCCCGUCACUCGCGCCUCUUUCCUUGAUUUUAACUUCAAAUUGUUCAUUUCCAUUUUGCAAUCAUUAUGUUCAAUCAGAAUUUGUCUUUUAUUUUAAACACCUAUGGGGAUUUAUUGUACCCGCAGCUUUGUUCACUCGACUCUCCUGAAUUAUCUGGUGUAAUUUAUGAAUGUGGAAGGGCCUGUAUUUGUCCUUCUUCAGAAUUAAGUGAUGUGGACACAGCAGACCUGCUUUAAACUGGAUGGGUUUAAUUUAUAUAAAAGAUAGUUUCAUUACAA